AUGCCGCUGUACGACGUCGAAUACGUUACCCCCUUAACUCCUCGACAGCAGGAGCUCCUCGCCAAUGCCUUUACUACCGUACAUUCGAAUCGGUUCAACACUCCGCGGUAUUUCAUCAACGUUCGCUAUACGGAUGUCAGUGACCAAGUCGUCUUUCGGGGAGGCAUCCGCAGAAAGUAUAACCGCCUCAUCCUCCGCACCCGAGCGGGCAGCAACCGCUCUAGUGAGGAGUACCUAGAGCACUGCAAAGACCUUGUAGGCGAAUGGGAAAAGAUUGUCGGCAGAUAUGGCGAAAUGGGUCUUCGGACAGUGUGGGUCAAUGGGACUUUGACCCAAGCUCUAGAAGCUGGAAUUGGAAGACCAAAGACUGGAGAGGAAGAUAAAUGGAUAGAAGAGAACAUGGCUCUAUUCAAAGAGCUAGCUGCAUCAGGAGAUGAAGACUUUAUAGAGUUAAUGAAAGAGCUUGAAUUACGAGGGAAGCUUUAG